GGACCGCGCAGGACCUGCCGCGGGGCCGCGCGCGCCGCCGGGAAGUCGGGAGAGCGGCGUGCGGGGGGGCGCGCGCGCGCACGUGAGCCCGGCCCCGAGCCGCCGCGGCCGACCGGGUUACCUCCCUCCGCCGGGGUCGCGGGCGCUCCCGACUCGGCGCCUCUGGAGGAGCGGCGGGCGGGCCCCAUCCUGUCAGUGGGGUGUGAGGCCGGGCCGCCGCGGCCGCCUCCCUCCGUGGGCCGACUGGCCCGGGGAGCGGAGGCCGCUGGAGACGAAGGCGGAGGCGCACGUCCGGCGGUGUCCUGGCGCCAGGAGGAGGCCGAGGGGAUCAUGUCCGGGAGGGACGUCCACCUCUCCACCACCGAGCGCGUCGUCAAAGCUGUCCCCUUCCCUCCAACACAACGGCUUACUUUGAAGGAAGUGUUUGAAAAUGGAAAACCUAAAAUUGAUGUUUUGAAAAACCAUUUGGUGAGGGAAGGGCGACUGGAAGAGGAAGUAGCCUUAAAGAUAAUCAACGAUGGGGCUGCCAUCCUGAGACAAGAGAAGACUAUGGUAGAAGUAGACGCUCCGAUCACGGUGUGUGGUGACAUUCAUGGACAAUUCUUUGACCUGAUGAAGUUGUUUGAAGUUGGAGGAUCACCUAAUAAUACACGUUACCUAUUUCUGGGUGACUAUGUGGACAGAGGCUAUUUCAGUAUAGAGUGUGUGCUGUUUUUGUGGAGUUUAAAGAUUAAUCAUCCUAAAACAUUGUUUCUGCUUCGAGGAAAUCAUGAAUGCAGGCAUCUUACAGAGUAUUUCACCUUCAAACAGGAAUGUCGAAUCAAAUAUUCUGAACAGGUGUAUGAUGCUUGUAUGGAUACAUUUGACUGUCUUCCUCUUGCUGCCCUCUUAAACCAACAGUUUCUGUGUGUACAUGGAGGGAUGUCACCUGAAAUUACUUGUUUAGAUGACAUUAGGAAAUUAGACAGGUUUAAAGAACCUCCAGCCUUUGGGCCAGUGUGCGACCUGCUUUGGUCUGAUCCCUCAGAGGAUUAUGGCAAUGAAAAGUCCUUGGAGCACUAUACCCACAACACUGUCCGAGGGUGCUCUUAUUUCUACAGUUACCCUGCAGUUUGUGAAUUUUUGCAGAACAAUAAUUUGUUAUCAAUAAUCAGAGCCCAUGAAGCCCAAGAUGCUGGGUAUCGAAUGUAUAGGAAGAGCCAAACAACAGGCUUUCCAUCACUCAUUACAAUUUUCUCUGCCCCCAAUUACCUAGAUGUCUAUAACAAUAAAGCUGCUGUGUUAAAAUAUGAAAACAAUGUCAUGAAUAUCAGGCAGUUUAACUGCUCUCCACACCCCUACUGGCUUCCAAACUUCAUGGAUGUUUUCACGUGGUCUUUGCCUUUUGUUGGGGAGAAAGUCACAGAGAUGCUGGUUAACAUUCUCAACAUAUGCUCUGAUGAUGAAUUGAUUUCUGAUGAUGAAAUUGAAGAUCACUACAUUUCAAGCUAUCAGAAAGGAGGCACCACAGUUCGAAAGGAAAUCAUCAAGAAUAAAAUCAGAGCCAUUGGGAAGAUGGCGCGGGUCUUUUCAAUUCUGCGGGAAGAGAGUGAGAGUGUGCUGACCCUCAAGGGCCUGACUCCUACGGGUACACUCCCUCUGGGGGUCCUCUCAGGAGGAAAACAGACCAUUGAGACGGACCUUCAAAGAGAAAAUCUGCAAAUCUGCAAAUCUUGGAUAAGUAACAGAAUUUUACAGAUGUGUUAGAGGUUUGUUUGUUUAUCCUUGGUCUACCUUUUAUUCUCAGUCCCCAAAUAUAUCCAGUUUCUCUUCAUUCCUAAUUUGAAUGAGUGUUUUAAUGAACAUAGCAUUGUUUAUUAAUACUUCUGAAAUUGAUAGAAAUCUUUAGGAAUGUAUAAGAACAAAACUAAAGUUGGAGCCAACUUCCUACAGCUUCUUAUUCUCUUACUGAUGGACAGAAACUGAGUUUAUUUUGUCAUUUCCCCAUCAGAGUCUCAGUUAGACAGGCUCAUUGGCAAAUUGGAGCAUUAGCUCAAAAAGAUCUUUUAUUAUGCAUAUAACUUUACUUGGAAAGCUUUCAACCACCAGUAUCCUGUAUGGCUUUAUAGCAUACAUUCACUUAUGCUCCACCUUGUUCCAAGAGAGAUUUUAGUAUGCAUACAGCAUAGUCAAGUACAAUAAAUAUACUUGGAAAUUGGAGCAGAGAGGAAAACAAAAAAUUUGUUUCCAUGCUUCCUAAUAGCAAAAUAAGGAGGAAAGCCAAGAACUGAACAAGAUUCACAAAGACCCUAAGUUAAAAAAAAUGGAUCAGUUAUAAAUUAGACAUCAAAAUUAAAAAUUUUUGUACUGCAAAUGGAACCAUCAAUAAAGUAAAAAGAUCAUACAGAAGAUGGGUGAAAAUAUCUACAAAUUACACAUCUAAUAAGGGACUCAUACCAGAAAAUACAAAGAGCUCUUACAACUGAAUAAUGAAAAGACAACUCAAUCAAAAAUAGGCAAUAAUUUGAAUAGAUAUUUUUCCAAAGAAGAUAUACAAAUGGUCAAUAAACAUGUGGAAAGAUGUUCAGCAUCAUUAGACAUUAAAAAAAUACAAAUCAGAACCAUAAUGAAAUACCUCUUUAUGCCCAUUAGGAUGGCUAUGAUUGAAGAGACAGAUAAUAACAAAUGUUGGUGAAGAUAUGGAGAAAGGAUGCUGAUAACAUUGCUUAUAGGGAUAUAAAAUGGUCCAGCACUUUGGGAACCAAUCUGGCAGUUCCUUAGAUGAUUAAACAUUCAGUUAAUCAUAUGACCAGCAGUUCCACUCCUAGUUAUAUGUCCCAAAGUAAUGAAAUCUGCACCACACAAAAACUUGUGCACAGUGUUCAUAACAGCGUUCUUUAUAACAGCCAGUAAGUGGAAACAAUCCGUGUGUCCAUCACCUGAUGAGUGCAUGAAUAAAAUGUGCUGUAGCCAUGCAGUGAAAUACUAUACAGUCAUCAAAAGGAAUGGAAUACUGGUUUAUGCUUCAACAUGAAUAAACCUUGAAAAUAUGCUAAGUGAAGGAAGCCAGUCACUAAAAUCUUAUGCUGUAUGAUUCCAUUUAUAUGAAGUGGAAACAUUUAUAUGAAAAGAAAGCAGACAAAUCUACAGAGACAGAAAGUAGAUUAGUGACUGACUCCAGAGUUCAGAUAGAGGGAUGAGGGAGGGAAUGGGUUUCUUUAUGAGGUGAUGACACGUUCUGGCCAUAGAUUGUGGUGAUGGUCACACAGCUCUAAAUAAACCAAAUCAUUGAACUGUACACUAAAGUGAAUUUUAUGGCAUAUGAAUUAUAUAUAAGUAAAGAAGUAUAUAUCUAAGUAAAGAAAAGAACAGUCUCUCAGUUUUAUAUGACUGAUUCUUAUAAUGUCCCGCAGUACAGGCUGGUAUCUUACUACCCAAUGCAAAAAGCAACUCUAAGGAGACCCAGACCAAUUUAAUAUUAGUACACGCUUUAACCAUACUUUUAAACUCUAGUUAGACCUACACUUUGUACAAUUUCAGGUAGUGCUUUUUUUCUUCCACUUCCUAACAGUUACAUCAGUGAUGUACUGGUUUAAGACUCUAUUGUUUUCUUGUGAAGAUUUAUUUGUUGUGUUUUGAGAGAUUAGAGAGGGUAUGACAUUGCUUUAUAACAUGCCUGCAUAUGGUCGACAAAUGUAAGCACUUAAUCGGUUGAUUCCAAGUCUCCAUUUUGCACGUUGCAUUAGGAAGUGAACUUUCAGUACUUCUAGUUUCUCCUUUCUUACUGAUAUAUAAAGCCUCAGGAACAGCACAUUCUUUCUGUUCACUGUUCUUCCCUGCCUUCUUUAAAAAAGAUGGUACUAGAGGAACUGACAGGGUUCUCCUAAUAAGAUCUUUCUUGCUAUAACCUGUAACCUCUUAGGGUAUUAGGGCUUUUACCAUAUUAAAAAGAAGAUGCAAGAAAGUUUAACUCUUGGUAGUAAUUUUUAAAUUGCUUCCGUUUCCCUCUAUGAAGGAGAAGAAGCCUUCUUAGCAAUUGGCCUGCUCUCUUGCAGUGAUUGGAAGUCAUGUAGGUUGGAAAUGUCAGCCUCUGCUCUGUCUCUAAUCCCAGAUGGUACAUAAAUUUGUAUCUCAAAUUUAAUAGUUUUAUGCCUUAGCCAUCUUAGUACUCCACCUCUGGCCAAGAAAUAACCCCUCACUUAUAACCCAUUUUUCUCUCCUUACAAAUGCCAGUCUGUUAUUCAAAGGCCACUCUUUUUCAUUAUGUAAUUAAGAAGGACAGUUGGAUCCCAUGUAAGUUGUUUGAGAGUAAUACAAAGUAGUUUUAAAUGCCUUUUUUGAAUAGGACCCAGCAGCAGCUCAUUUAAUAUCAUCUGAGCUACUACAAACUAAAAAAUAGUUUUGUAGUGUUAAAUUGACUGGACCAGUUACUUUGGUAGGUAAAUGUCAAGACAUAAAUGAGCAGUCGGCUAUUUAAAAUGAAGAAAGCACUGUAACUCUUGCUUCCUUAUAGUCAGCCUGACUGAUCCCAUUGUCUUAACUGUAGAUGCUGGUAGGCAAAAAGUUUCCAUCCCACAUGAAACCUUAAAAGUAUUAGAAACGCUCCCCACUCAUAUUCCCACCCAAUUUAGUUUUUUGCAGUAACCCUCUGCCUCCUCUAACUAGUUGACUUUUA